UGACGUCACAUUAGCACAAAUCAGCUGAUGGCGGUGCGGCCGUGUAGUAAUUGACGUAUUUGGUGUGUCGUGUUUUUUUCUGUACAGAUUAGUUGCUUGUUAAAAAGCCAGAUAUAUAGAUUUAAUACAGUAUAAAUUGUAUGUUUUGAAUUCGGGGCAGAAUGGCAACGAUAUCGGCUUCUCCUAUUUUGUCCUUGAAGCCACCGCAUUUACAAAUUGACAGAGAUCCGUCAUGGAAAAAUACACCAAGAGAAGUUGGAGAUGGAAUGGAAUCUGAUGUAUCUCUUUCUACACUGGCACCACCAACAAUAACAACAACCACCCCAAACCUUACAAAGACACCGGAAAAGCAAACUUUUGAAACAUCUGAAAUAUACUCAGUCAGUCAAUCACCAUGUUCCUCGCCAAGGUGUGUACACCGCGAAGUUACACGGACACUCCCAGAUGUUUCAGCCGGCCCAGUUUCAAAAUUAAACUUCUCCUUUAAAGAACCGGACAUACAAAUACAAAGAAAAACUUCAGAAAAAUUUCUUAUAGAAGAAAAAUCAGCUUUAAAAGACCAUUUACAAAUACAGAUUCAGGUAAACCAAGAACUAAAGCGGUUGCUUGUAGCGUCUGUUGGAGAUGAAUUGGGUUAUCAUUAUGAAAGGUUGGCAACGGAAAAAGCUCAACUUCAAAUAGAGCUAGACCAAAUGACAGAGAUAGCUCAAAAGAAAAGUGAAGAGAUUGAGAGAUUAGAAAUAUCAUGUGAUGUUUGGAGAAGCAAGUUUCUUGCAAGUAGAAUGCAAUCUGAUGAUGCUAAUGCCUGGAGACGUCAUCAUGAAAGAUAUGAAAGAGAACUCGGGAAUGCAGUCCGUGGGCUGCUUCGAGAACACUGGGAGAGAACAGAGCAUUUAAAUGAGUUGCACAGGACCCUUACCAAUCUUAACAAUUCACUGACCACUGAUAAUGAUGAGUGUUAUACAGUUAAUAUAGAAGGGUCCAGUUCUGUUGGUGAAAACUGUCGAAGCCUUGCCAAUUGUUUGUCUGAUAAACUGAUCGGUACAAGUAAUGUACCUUUACCAAGGAAACCUGCAGUUUCUGUGCACUGUGAUAUACCUGCUGCAACUCCUGCUGAAAAAUAUGUGUUACAGCUACUCAAUGAAAACCAACAUACAUUGUCUAACGUACGGCAUCGACCUGAUAUGUUUGUGCCAUCUUGUGAGCAACGAAAAUCCGGGACAAUUGAUCGCUUUCACUCUCAAACACAACAUGAAAACAUUACACUUAACUGCUGUGUAAAUUGCAAAGGAGAAAUCCAUGUCAUAUAAUAUGCCUUAAUGUUCUAUCUAAUGUAUUCACUGUAUUUAUAUACUUCAUUUAAAAGUAACUUUAAUUUAAAAAAUAAAUGAAAUUUAUUUAAAAACUGAAGAAGCCAAGUUGUGCUUUAAGUUCUUAAAAAAGUGAAACAAUCAAAAUCAAGUAGAUUUUUAUUUACCUGUUAUGUUGUUUUGUGAAGCAAAAACCUUACAUUACAAUUACCAAUAUUGCUUAUACAUUAUGUGUUUGCAGAUUUAUUUGUUUAAUAAAUACACACUCCAUAGCA